AGAGGCCCAACAGGGAAUUGCUCAGAAAAUGAAAGCUAUGGGGGGAAGUGACGAUGAGAUGUCUUCAAAGUCUCCCAGAGAUGGUGGAGGACAGUCCAUUCUUUCCUCAGGAGAUGAGGAGAAAGUAAUAGAGCUAAUAGGACAAAAGAAUGAUGUUAAAUCUUAUGCUUCUCCUAAAUGUUUUGAACUUUCUAAUGGCCGGGGAAUAAAUUUUGAUGAAACACAAGCAAUGCCUAAUAUAACCUUAUCUCCUUCACCCUCCAAAACAAUGAACAACCAUUCAGACACAGAAGAGAACAUGGAAGAUUUGGAGAAUAAAUUGUUUAUUUCCAGCAUCCGCCAUCUCUGGGAGAAUGAAGAGAAUGCAGGAAGAGACAAUCUUCAUUCUCCUCCUAAAGAGGAAAUCCAAACUAAACAUGUGAAAAGCAACACAGAUUGUAGUGAAUCAGAAUCCACACAGAAAGAGCUGGAAAAACCAGAGCCUGUAAAGAUGGAAGUGCUUGAGUUAGAGGACGUGAAUGAGGAGGAGGAGGACGACGAUGACAGUCUGAACUGGAAAGAAAUGGAGAAUGCAAUGAAAACAGAGCAGGAGAGGCUAGAGUUAGAUCAGGGCGAUCAGGAGUGGGACGUGAAAGUACAGAACAUAUCCAGGGACGUGUUACAGAAAGAGAGGCCAGUUCAGUCUUUCAGACCUGGUAUGGAAAUACUUUACACUCUGGAAAAUGACUCUGUCCUUCCAGAAAUCAACAAGAACCAUCCUUUGGUGGAGUCCGAAGGACUGGGCUUCCCUCUCGUCGAUCUGUUCCCGCUGGAUGGCUGCCCAGAGUCCGCUGUUUCAUCAGAACCACACACCCAAACAACAAAGGCAAAUGCUGCACUUGUGAGCCACAGCCCAAAGACACAGCCUGACGACGGAGAAUGGGAAUACUCUGGUGGAUGUGACCACAUUGACUGUGGGGAAGGCGGUGAACAAACCACUGAGAGAGGCAGCAAUGAGGGCAAGGGAAAUGCCGGGGAUGGGGAAAGUAUGUGGGCUUUGGGUGGUGAAGGAAUGGCAUUGCUUGUUGAAGAUUUAGCAGUCACUCCUGAUCCACACGACGUACACGAUUCUCAGGUUGUGGAUCACCCUGUUGAUGAUGAAGGCCAUAUUCUGGCCUCACCACCAGGGACCAUGAAUGUGACCAAUACAGUGCAGGGAGAUGCUGGCAAGGGAGUCAAAGACAGCACAGUAGAUUAUGCUAUGGUGGAAGGAGAACCCAAUUCCAUACAAGAGUCACUGGGUGCCACGAUCUGCAGAAAAGCCUCGGUACUGAGCAGUGACUUUAGAGAUAGCCAGACCCACCAAAAAAAGACCACCAGUAGUAUGGACUUCCAUGGAGAGACUGCUGGUUCUGUUCCAAAGAGUUUCCAAACGACACCGCCAGGUGAGGGUCUGCUCAGCGCAGACAAAGAGAGUGUAGGACUAAACCUUGUUUCAUCUCUGACUCCACGGGAUCCAGAGUCACCUCAGGCACAAGAUGCUGAUGUGAAUUAUCUGGAGAAAUUUCAGCAGCAUCUGAAGCCUCCGAUGAGGAGCUUUGUGUUUCUAGGCAAGGAAGUGGGAGGAGAGACACUUAACACAGUGCAAGAAACUACUCUGGAUGAGCCGCCUUGUCUUGUAGUUCUUGAGGAGAACAGACCAGAAUGGGAGCACAGUUCCGAGAUUCCUGCUUCUCCCAUUGCCAUAGCAACUCAUCGAGCUGAACUCCCAAAGACUUCGUCCCCAGUUCCCAUCCUCGAUCAACUACAGGGCCAUGAAGCAGUUUCCAGCCAGUUCAGUCAAUCCUCGCCACUUACACAGGAUUGCAGACAGCUUGCCUGGUGUAGAAUCCCUCCGCCCAAUGCAAACUCACAUGCCCAGACCUCAGAUCCUGAUCCUGAUCCUAAGCAUCCCACUCAAACCCUAGAAAUGCUGCCCUCUUCUAACCAAACAGGCCAGUUCUUUGCUGUUCAGCCCGCUUCUGUUGAAUUGCCUACAUUUUCAGCUCCCGUGCUUGACACUGAAGCUCCUGUCCCGCCACUAGCCUUAGAACCUGGGCCCAGCCAACUCCUAGAACAACUGUUCACUUUUGACUAUUCUCCACCCCUGGAGUAUGAUGCCAAACAUCUUGUGUCCAUGCCAGACCCUCUUCCACAAACCGGUCUUUGUGUAUGUCCCACUCCUAAUGCCAAUCUGUCCAUCCAACCCUUCAUAACUGACUCCAGACAGAUGAGGGAAGCUUCAGCUCCUGAGCUUGACACCAGCCUCUUCCUCCCUCAGCUUCCAGUCUUUGGGUUUAACAUGGAUCUCCACCCCCUGCCUCUUGCUUCUACCUCCAACCUACUUCCAACUACUGAUGACAACCAGUCUGUCCUACAAUCAGUAGAAUCCAGCCCAGCAACUAACUGCUUAGCAGGUGAUGCCCAGACACCUAAGAGUUUGCCCACUGCUAACUUGGUCUCCCAGACCUCAGGGUCUGUUCUUCAAGCCAAAAGCCAUGCCCAGAUCUUGAAUGCCCAUGGAAGAACAAAAGAAUCAACUCUAGUUCAUUUGGCCAAGCUGGAGGGUGAGGGAGCUCUGCAAGGCCAGGAAAACACACUGAGUGACUCGGGGGUCAGUCUGUUGGACACAAAUUCCAAUUUAUCCACAUUGAGAAACGAUCCAUCAGCCCUAGACCCUUCCUGUACUCCUGAAGUAACAGCCUACAUUACGGACAAGCAUGAAGGUAAAUCUUCAUCAGACCAUAGCUUACAGCCUUCCCUGGGGAGCCAGGAAACGCCUGAAGCUGUGGAGGGCAGAAUGCCCAAGCAGAUCCCCCCCAUGCUAGCAUUCACCAACCCAAUACACUUCCUCCAGCUUGGCCCCCCAUCCCCACCAACUACUAGGCACCCAUGCAGGCAACAUGCCAUCUCUCAGGGGCCACCACAGCAACAGGUGGCCAUCGCCAAGAUAGACAUGGUGAACUCUGCAAUAAUGGAGCAGAUGACAGAAGGCACUGGAAGGCUCUCUAAGGGCUUGGGAAAGCCAGAGGCGGAGCCAGUCCCUCCCAUGCUCCCGAGGAAGGAAGGGAAAGCCAAGCACCCACCCUUGGAGAAAUCUACCAGUUGUCCGAAUAGAAGUGUUAUUCGGUCAGACACAAAAGAUCCAGAGCACAACUCAAAGGCGCAAGAGGUGUUAACCAAGAUCCGAACGAAAAGCAAAGAUUGGCAUCGACAAGGCGUGAGGAAAGUCUCAAUACCAACAGAAAAUGUAUUAGCAGAAGCAAUAGCAUCUCUCGUCCCUCCGAGGGAGGAAGCCCCUUCACACAAAUACCCGCCAGACCACUCGGAUACAGCUCUUUACGGAGAGCAGAAAUCUGCAGAAACAGUGGAAAACAUCAAGAGAAGGCACUCCAAACUGAUCAAUUCAUCACAGCUGCUCUAUCAGGAAUACAGUGAUGUUGCACUGAACAAGGCCAUUCAAAACCAGAAAAGAGCAGAUUCCUUGUCCGAAGAACUUGAGCUUGCAUCCCCAGGAUCUCGAAACUCCCCAAAAUUAAGAAGGAAAGCACCCUAUUCCCAAGAUUCCUGCCUACAACGCCUGUCCGUCUCAUCCAGCGCAUCCCUCUGGCAGGACAUCCCCAUGGUCCGAGGGAGCACCAUGCUGCUAAGCAUGACUCGUGAAGAGCAGAAGUUGCAGGAGGCCAAGUUUGAACUGAUUGCAUCAGAGGCUUCAUACCUACGGAGUUUAAAUGUGGCCGUGGAUCAUUUCCAGCGCUCCUCGGAACUCCAAGCAGUCCUGACAAAUCAAGACAAACAGUGGCUUUUCUCCCGCCUACAAGAAGUACGGGAUGUUAGUGCCAAUUUCCUCUUUGAUUUGGAGGAGAAGCUUGAGGAAAACAUGUUCACCUUCAACGUGUGUGAUGUAGCUCUGAACCAUGCGCCGGAAUUUCGCCGGGUUUACCUGCCGUAUGUGACAAACCAGACCUACCAGGAGCAAACCUUUCGGAGGCUACUGAAUGGUGUUCCUCCCUUCCAGCAAGUCUUGGAGAAACUGGAAAGUGACCCAAUUUGUCAGCGCCUCUCCCUCAAGUCUUUCCUCAUCCUCCCAUUCCAGCGCAUCACACGACUGAAACUCUUGCUCCAGAACAUACUGAAAAGAACACGGCCUGGUGCUGACGAAGAAGUCCAAGCCACACAGGCAUAUGAUGCUCUUGAAAAGCUCAUCAAAGACUGCAACGAAAAUGUCCAGCGCAUGAAGAACACGGAGGAGUUAAUCUACUUAAGUCAGAAUAUGGUGUUUGAAUGCAAGAUUUUCCCACUUAUUUCUCAGUCCCGGCGGCUGGUGAAGCGUGGUGAGCUGACAGCACUGGAGUACAACCUGAGCUUGAAGUGGAAACUCACCACCCGCCCUAUCUACCUGCACCUCUUCAAUGAUUUUCUGCUCCUCUCUCGACCCAGGGAGAAUGGGCACUUCAUCGUAUUUGAUUAUGCCGCCUCCUCAGAAGUACGUGGAGAAAAGUGUGAAAUGAAACUGCAUGGAGCAAAUAAAAACGUUUUCCGUCUCUUCCUGCUGCAGAACAAUCAGGGGAAAAAAGUGGAGUUCCUCUUCCGUACAGAAACACAGAGUGAAAAACUCCGAUGGAUUUCUGCUCUUUCACCGCAGCAAGCAGAGCUUGAUCUUCUAGAUGACCCUGACGCACCUCAGGUUCAGUGUGUGAAGUCAUACAAAGCCCGUGAGAACGAUGAGUUGGCUCUGGAGAAGGCAGAUAUUGUGAUGGUCAUGCGGCAAAGUACUGAUGGAUGGAUUGAAGGAGUGAAGCUCUCAGAUGGCGAGAGAGGCUGGUUCCCUUCUGAACAGGUGGAGUUCAUCUCCAGCAAACAGGCACGCCAGAUGAAUUUGAAAGAAGAGCAGCGUGUCAAGAACGCCAAGCAGCAGGUCUUCCGCAGGAAAUAGGACCGCUUCUCCCCGGAACAAGAUACAGACCCCUGCCGAAGCAGAAACGGCUGCAUUGAAAAACAAACCCUCUGCAAAGGGGAACGUUCCUCCUGGCUGUGCGGGAAACAUUUUACUUCGCAAAGCAAGCAGGACUCACGGACAGAUUCUCUUCACAUGAAUCACCAGAAACAGACAAGGGAAAAGCUGCCUUCUUUCUUUUUUUUUUUGCUUAAAAGAAAGAAAUCUGAGAGCCCUGAGAAGUGGAUGUCAAGGACUUUUUGGGAAUCUCUUCUUGACUGCAUGAACUCCUCACCCGGAAACUCUGCUGCAUCUUCUUGCUUUGCAAAAUGUUUAUGGGGGAGGGGUUAACCUACCUCACCAAAAAAGUGAGGCUAAAAUAUUAGUAUUUCAAAUGCUUUGAAUUCCUGGGGGGAGAAGGCACUACAGAAAUGCAGAAAAAUAUUUUUUUCUGGAUAUUAUCAUGGAGAAGGGCUUUUCCCAUUUGAAAUGUUUCAUUUGUCUUGCCAAAUGUUCUCAGAGAGAAAAAAAUUGCAUGUGUAUAUAAAGGACAGAAGUAUCUCUG